UCUUUGCCUCGCGCCGCGCCGCCCCGCCCAUCUCCCUGGCUGCCUCGGAUCCCUGCUCCGCUCCUUUCCCGACCCUCGCUCGCCGCCGCCGCCGCCGCCGCCGCCGCCGCCGCCGCCGCCAAAAUGUCUACAGGUCCAGCUGCUGCCGCUGGCAGUAAUCGAAGACUUCAGCAGACGCAAAAUCAAGUAGAUGAGGUGGUGGACAUAAUGCGAGUUAACGUGGACAAGGUUCUGGAAAGAGACCAGAAGCUCUCUGAGUUAGACGACCGUGCAGACGCACUGCAGGCAGGUGCUUCUCAAUUUGAAACAAGCGCAGCCAAGUUGAAGAGAAAAUACUGGUGGAAGAAUUGCAAGAUGUGGGCAAUAGGGAUUACUGUUCUGGUUAUCUUCAUCGUCAUCAUCAUCGUGUGGGUUGUCUCUUCAUGAAGAAGCAGUGGAACUCUAACCUGCUGUUCAAGAAACCUCUUCAAGACUUUUGACUUAGAACCUACUAUAUUAUCAAGCUUACCUACUGCUAUCUCUAAAGUGAUUAUUUUGUGUUAAUGUAAAGUUGAAUUUUUAGGAAAUGUGCCUUUGUUUUUUUUAAUACUAUGCACUCCAAAUUAGAAGCAAGGCCAGCCCCGUCCACGUUUUGCACAGUGUCUUUACCGAUUUACAUAUGGGCUGAUGAAGAGGCCUUCUGAAGUUCCAGAGUGCUAUCAUCUAGAUGUAAUGUUGUCACCGAUUAAUUGCCAUUGCUCCCAGUUACUUAGCCUUGUCAUUCAGCAUUAUUUUUAGAACUACAUUUUAAACCUUUGGGUAAUCGAUUUCCAACUUGUGCCUUCCAGAAAAAAACACUACUGCCUACCACAAAUCUGUGAUAACAACAGUCUGUGCCUUAUUUUGAUAAGUUUCUGAUUCCCUGUAAGAGAACCCUCUACUUUUUGUAAGCACUACUGACUCUCGCUGUAUUUAAGAUAAGAUGCUGGUGAAGAGCUUUUGCUCUUGCAUUAGAUUUGAAGAUGUUUACGUUCUUGUUACUGUUAUGUAUCACUUGCUAAAAAUAUUGUUUUAAUCAGAAAUAACCUCUUUAAAAAUUUUUAUAGAACUAUGGCUUUGACCAAAGUUUCUAUUUUACCAAAAAGUUAAAUACCGAUAAAAUGGCCUUAAGUCUGUUCCUGACAGUUUAAUUAAGAAAUGUGCCAAAUGGAACUUAAGGUGCCCCUUCAGAAUUAAAAUCGUAACCUUGUGUGUGAACCUUCCACAUCUUGACAGGGUUUUCUUCCUUUUGAAAUGCUGUAGACAGUGUGGCUCCCCUUCUGAUUCAGUAUUUUGCAGGGGGGGUUAGAGAAGCCUUGAGGUAGACUCUGACCAUCUCAUUCCUAUAGACAAAAGAGUUUAACCCAGCAGUUGGCAGAUUAUCAGCUGUGGACUCCAACAUGUUUCUAAUAAUUAUACGACCAACAAUUCUGUAGCCUUCAAGUAAGACCACCUGUGAACUUGAUCAUUACCUGGCCCAGAUAGGACGAUAAACUGUAGCUUUUUGGAGUUUCCUAUUUUUAUUCACAUUCUGCUUCCUAAAUCAGUCUUCUAAAUGAUGCUUGCAAUUAGGCAUUGGUCAGGGGUGGAUGGCUCUUCACAGAGAGCAGCCAACCAGAGACCUUGCUUUGAUAUCAACAACUGCAGAGGAUGCUGCUGUGAAAGGAACUGUUGUCAUCAGAGAAACUUUGUCAUCAGAGAGACUUUUCGUGUAUGCAUGAGACUUUCAACAUCUGGAUACACAGCUUAAAGAUGGAAUUCAAGUAUGAAAGAAAACAGGCAAGGAGGCACUGAGGGAGAAGGACACAGACUUGAACGCUCUGUGGCUCGUUACUAGAAUAUUCUAAAAUUAUUGUUCACAUGCUAUUAUGACUUACAAAGCAGGAAUAGCUGAGGUGCACCAGGACACGGGUUUCAUUUCUUUACUGUCUAUUCCCUUAACAUCACUGAGUGAUUUGUUGUUGAAGACAGCCUUGCAGUAUGGCCAGCUGUGAGGACAAAGCAGCUGUUUGUGUUAGGACAUAGCCCCCCGCCCCCCAAGCACAGGGUCUCUGGCCCUGUCUGACUCUGAAACCUUGGUGCUCACUCCUUGGCUACAGUGCUCAGUCCCAUGUAACCCACUGGCUCCUGCAUUAACCCAGAAAUACCUCGCUUGUAUCUGUGCACUUAGCUGGGAACUUACCCACUGUCAUGACCUGAAUAAAGUAUUUAUAAACAUG